AUGGAAGUCCAGAGUACAACUUGGGAUGACUUGGGUCCUCAGCUAGAGGCAUUCUUGUAUUUAUCUCCCCAAAAAACCCAAAUCCAAGUGUUGGAGAAACUUCCUCAGGUAAUUCUGUCUCAACCUCAAGACCAUGAAUAUAUUCUCCUGGUUUUAUUAAAAUCUUACAACCAUAUUCAUAAGCCUGCUCUACAGCUCAAAGUUUUGGGAUUAUUAGACUCAAUUUUGAUGGUCAAUUCCGAUCUUUACGAAACCAUGGUGUUAAGCUUUUUCAAGAAUACUGUCAAUGUGAAGAAAUGCUACGUUGGUAUGGAUCCAACAGAUUUAAAAUACUUGUUUCAAUGGUCUUCCCACUUUUUAUCAAAUAAAAACUUGGGAGCCAAAACAUUGGCUAAAUUAUCAAUUUAUCAACUAGAAAUCCUCGGGCAGAUGAUGUACCAUUACUCAUUGGUCAAUGUCCAUAAAAAAUUAGAUGGGUUAUUCAAUCAGUUAGUAACUUCUGUAUCACAAAAACAUAUGAAAGAAGUAUAUUUACAAUUGUUCAAUGUCAAGGCUCUUCAAUGGCCAACUCAUUUAUUGCUUGUGGCUGCCUUGUCUAAAUUGAGACUUUUACAAGACACCAACAUUACCGUGGUGAUUUCGUUCUAUUCCGCUAAUGUACUUUUAAACAAGAAUCAUAAAACAAUCUCGGACCAAUUAUACACCUUGAAGUAUUUCAACCAAUAUUUUGCCUCACAAUAUUUGACCAGCAAAUUGUUGGAAGAGAAAUUGUUACCGGACAUUGAGAAAUCGAUCUUGAGAUCAUCGGAAUUCAUCAUCACUAUGAUUAUCCCACAUUUUUUCGAAAGUUUAUUGGAUCGCAAAGAUGAUGAGGAAUACCCAAUCUUGUUGGUGAAAGGUCCUGGUUUAUCUAAACUUACUACCCAAUUGAUCUCUAAUAUGAAAUCUUCAAAUGACGCUGUUCGUCUUGGCGCACUGGACGUUUUGCAAUUGAUUUUGUCUAAAGUUACCCCAUAUUUGACCGAACAAAAUCUCUUUAAAGUAAUUGAUGAAUUGGCUAAAUCAUGGAAAGGCACUUCAAAUUUCGACUUCAAAUCCAGUUAUGUUAGACUUUUGACAUCUAUCGUUCCUGACGCCAAAUCGGUUUCUCCAGUGGCUAUCAAGGUAUUGGAUGUGUUGAAUCCUUUUGUCAUCAAGGAUCAAAAUGAAGGGCUACUUUUUGAGUUUUUGAAAUCCUAUUUCUACUGGUUUUUUAAGAUUAUUACUGCUGAUGCUAAUUAUGAUACUGCCGGAUGCUUGAAGAUCAUCAAGGGAGGAUUGUCAGAUAAGAAACAAGUCAACAGAAAAUAUUGGCUCAUGGCUAUGGGAUCCUAUUUCCUUAAAGUUAGAGAAAACGAGGCUUCUAAGAAAUUUAUCAACGAUAUUUCGGGUGCAUUAAUUGAUAACUUUAAUGAAUUCGAGGCCAACCCAUUAAAAUCCCCAACCACUAUUGUGUACGUGAUUCUUUGUAUUAUCAAAGGUUUUUCUGAAGAUCAAUUCAAGAGUUUCAUUAAUAAAUCUCUUCCUAUAUUGAGCAACCAAAAAUUCUACUUGAAGUUAAACACAGAUGUUGAGAAAUCAUGGUUUAUUGAUGCUUUAUACUCCAACACUGACAUGUGUGCCUCUGAUGAUUUAGAAUUCGGCAAAGCAUUAAUAUACUCCACUAUGACUUCCAACUUUAGCUACGAACUUAGAAGACAGGCUCUCACAAAGCUCAAUGCUUCUUUUUCCACCGCUUCUGAUGAUUUGAGAUUAGUUUUGGGAGAAUUGAUUUGCGGUUCCUUAUAUAGCAUUCUAUCUUCCGGAGCUUCUGAAGAAACCACUAAAUUAGCUCUCGACCUUGAAUGGUCAAAGAGACUUAUGUAUGCCAUCACUUGCGGAUUGUUGUAUGUUCCACAAAAACCGAAUUCUUCAAACACCGUGUUGGGCAAAAUAUUGAUUGAAUUGAUUGUGUUGUGUCACUAUAAAUCCAUUGAUUUGCAUGUUGGGUGGGUUGACUUGGUACAACAGUGUCGUAUGGAUCCUGGGAAAAUUGUAGAUGACUUUGGGGUAGAAUUUUUCCAAGCUUCUGUUGGUAAAUUACUCACCAUUAAUACUUCAUCUUACAAUAAUGAUUCCGAUCCUGGUGCUAAAGAGGUUUAUGAUGCCAUAAUUGAUUCAUUGUCAACAGUCUCAUUCAUCAAACCAGAUUUGAUCGGUCCACUAGUAGACCAAUUGGUGGUUGGUGAUUUGAGUUUACCUUCAACCGUAAUCAGUGAAAAGUCUUUACAAAUUUGGAAAUCUUCUGAAGGAGAAUUGGUGGAUGAUCCAUUAGAUUCAAAUAAGGGAUCCAAAUAUCAAGUUAACAAGAACUCUAAGGAUUAUGAAACCAAGAAAUGGGAAGAAGAUUUGAAACGUGAAAUCCAAGCAAAGAAGGGGAAAACCGCCAAGAAAUUGAGCAAAGAAGAGCAAGAAUUGGUGAGAGUUCAAACUGAAAAAGAAUCUGCCGUUAGAGCUGACGUUCAAAAUGUCCAUAUGAAAUGUGUUAGAAGUGUUAGAUUGAUCAGCUCAUUAGCGAAAGCAUUAAAAUCAAAGAUCAAUAAUGGUUAUGAAUAUUGGUUCUCUAACUCUGUGAAUUCUUUGUUGGAUGUGAUUAAAAAUCCUAACAGUGUUGAUUUAUUGAAUGAUGAAGCGGUCGAAUCAUUUUUGAACUGCAGUAAUGUUAUGAUCAUUAAUAAUGAUUCUGCUUCCUUGAACAAAAUCAGAAGCUCCAUUGGGGUGGUUAUUUUGAAUUUGUUCGAAGUUGAAAACGAAAAACUUGUUCUUCACCAGAAAUUGGAUGAUAUUGUUCUCAAGGUUUUGUUCACCCUCAAAUUGAUGACCGAUAACAAACCAUUGGAUUGUUUUGGUUUGAUUUACUUGCUUCCAUUGUUGAUGAAAAUCAUCGAUGAAAAAUCAGAUGUUAUGAAGGCUAAAGGUCCAAAAAUGAAUACUAAAGAAUUUGAAAAAGAAGAUCAAGAUGAAGAAUUGUUAUUGUUGGCGGUUGAUAUAUUAUCAAACCACGCCGAAGUUUUCCAAAAUGAUCUCAUUCCAAGAGCCAAUAUCUUGAGCUCUUUGAUCUUGCUGAUUGAUAAAGUUCCAUCUCGUGCCAAACUUGUCAAGGAAUGCUUUAAUGCUAUCUGUGCCAAUAUUUCAAACAAUAUCAGUUCUGGUGAUUUGAAAAAUAUCUUGAUCGAUAACUUGAUGUCAUCUAACAAAUUCAUCAGAUUGACUAUUUUGGAACAACUUGACGAGGAAUUUAUUUUGGAUUAUGAAGGAUUAAAACCAGAAGAUUACGCUCAAUUAUGGAUCACUUGUUACGAUAAUGAAGAGGUCAAUGCAGAAUUGGCUAAUUCCAUCUGGCAAGAAAAUCAAUUGAAAUUGACCGAUGAUUUGAUCUAUGAUUUAUUGAACCAUUUGGGCCAUGCCGAUACUGGUAUCAGAGUAUCGAUCUCCAAAUCUAUUUCUGCUGGUGUCGAUGCUUCCCCAUCCGUUUUCGAUUCUACAUUCACUAGAUUGAUUGAAUUAUUCGAACAAUUUUCUAAACCACCUCCUCCAAUUUUGGACGACUUUGGUUUAGUGGUCAAAACUUCUGAACAACAAAAGGAUAUGUGGGAGUACCGUAAUGGUAUUGCUAUGUCCUUUAAACAAUUGGCUUCCCAUUUUACAGACGAGGCGGUGUUAAUCUUCUUCCAGAAGUUGAUUUUGGAAGAUGACAAGUUCUUGGCUGAUGCCAACGCCGACGUACAUGUCGAAUUACAAAGUGCUGGUAUUGAAAUCAUCAAUAUCCAUGGCUUGAACUUGGUGAAUGAAUUGAUUGAAAUCUUUGAAACUUGCGUGUCUCAAGACAAUCAAGUUCCUAAGAUCAAGCAAAGUACGGUUAUUUUCUACGGUGUGUUAGCUAAACAUUUGAAUGGUAACAAGGACUCAACCUUGAUUGUUCAGAUCGUUAACCAAUUAGUGAAGACCUUGAUUGAUCCAACUACUGGUGAACUUGUGCAAUUCACUAUUGCUAAAUAUAUUGCGCCAAUUGUUCAUUUGUUUUCCGACAAGUUAAGCACUUAUGUUGAAUUAUUGUUUGAAACUUUGUUUAAUGGUAACUUCAAAAUUAGCCAGAGAAGAGGUUCUGCUUAUGGUAUUGCCGGAUUAGUUAAAGGUUAUGGUAUCAGAGCAUUGUCCGACUUUGACAUCAUUAGAAAUUUGAUUGACGCAGCUGAAGAUAAACAAGAUUUCAAAAAGAGACAAAGUGUAAUGUUUGCUUUUGAAUGUUUAUCUAGAAUUGUGAGCAAGUAUUUUGAACCUUAUGUUAUCGAAAUCAUUCCAUUACUUUUGAGAUCAUUGGGUGACCACAUCACUGAAGUUAGAGCUGCCGCCGAUAAGACUUCACAAAUCAUUAUGAAGAAUACCACUUCUUUUGGUAUCAAACAAUUGAUUCCUUUGGCAAUUGAAAAUUUGGACGAAAUCUCUUGGAGAUCCAAAAAGGGUUCUGUGGAAUUGUUGGGUUCUAUGGCGUACUUAGAUCCAACUCAAUUAUCUGCAUCCUUGUCGGUCAUUGUUCCAGAAAUUGUUGGGGUUUUGAACGAUACCCAUAAGGAAGUCCGUAAAGCAGCUGAUCAAUCUUUGAAGAAGUUUGGUCUUGUUAUUCGUAACCCAGAAAUUCAAAAGUCCGUUCCAAUCUUGAUUAAGGCUAUUGGUGACCCAACCAAACACACCGAAGAAGCUCUUAACGCUCUUAUCAAGACCCAGUUCGUUCAUUACAUCGAUGGUCCAUCUUUGGCUUUGAUUAUUCAUGUCAUUCACAGAGGUAUGUUAGACAGAUCUGCUGCCACUAAAAGAAAAUCUUGUCAAAUUGUCGGUAACAUGUCCAUUUUGGUUGAUGGUAAAGACUUGGUUCCAUACUUACCAAAUUUGAUUGGUGAAUUAGAAAUUGCCAUGGUUGAUCCUGUUGCCAUGACCAGAGCUACUGCCGCUAGAGCUUUGGGUUCUUUGGUUGAAAAAUUAGGCGAAGAACACUUCCCAGAUUUGAUUGAUAAAUUAUUGGGCACCUUGAGUGAUGAGCGUAAGGCCGGUGACAGAUUGGGUUCCGCCCAAGCCUUAUCUGAAGUUUUGUCGGGUCUUGGUGUUUCCAGAUUGGAAGACAUUUUACCAAGUAUUUUGGCUGGUGCUUCAUCAAGUCGUAGCUAUGUUAGAGCAGGUUAUAUGCCAUUAUUGUUAUAUUUGCCUGUUUGUUUUGGUGCUCAAUUUUCCCCAUAUAUUGCUAAGAUACUACCAGCAAUUUUGGCAGGGUUGGCCGAUGAUGAUGAUAUCAUCAAUGACACUGCUAUCAGAGCCGGUAAAUUGAUUGUUUCUAACUAUGCCAACAAGGCUGUUGACUUGUUGUUGCCAGAGUUAGAAAAUGGUUUGUCCGAUACUAAUUACCGUAUCAGAUUGUCAUCUGUUAAAUUAAUUGGUGACUUGUUGUUCAAGAUUGGUGAUAUAACUCAAAAGACCAUUGAAGUUACUUCAGAAGAGUUUGGCGAAGAUGGCGAACCUCAAGAAGAGGAAGAAAGAGCAGUGUUUGUUAUUGGUAACUCUGCGGUCGGUGCUAAGCUUGUUGAAGUCUUGGGUCAAGAAACUCGUGACAGAGUCUUGUCGUUGCUUUUUAUUUGUCGUUCUGACACUGCUGGUUUGGUCCGCACUUCCACUAUUGAAAUUUGGAAUCCUCUUGUGGCCAACACUCCAAAGACUUUGAAAGAAAUCUUGCCAACUUUGGCCAGUAUCAUUAUCCGUCGUUUGGCAAGUCCAUUUGACACUCAAAGAAUGAUCAGUGCUUUGGCUCUUGGUGACUUGGUUCGUAGAAUCGGUCCAUCUGUUUUGAACCAAUUGUUGCCAACUUCUGAGGAAAUCAUGGUUAGCGGUGAUUCUAAUGCUAAAGAAGGUAUCUGUAUUGCUUUGAAGGAAAUUAUGGCCUCGACUGUUGAAUCUAAUAUCAUCGAUCAUCAAGAUGUUUUUAUCAAAAUUGUUGGUGACGCCAUUAUUGAUUCAGAUGAAAAUGUUCGUGAAGCCGCUGCCCUCACUUUUGAUUCGUUAUUGGAAUCUAUUGGUAAACCUGCCAUUGAUGGCAUUAUUCCUCGUUUGUUGGAAUUGUUGGAUGAUGAUACCGAAAGUGAGAAUGCAGUUAAGGCUUUGAGAGAACUUAUGGGUAAUAAAUCUGAGGAAAUUUUCCCAGUGUUGAUUCCAUCAUUGUUAUCCCCACCAUUAGAUUCCACCAAGGCUGUGGCGCUUGGUGCUUUGUCUGAAGUCGCUGGUCCUAUCUUAUACAGAUACUUGACUGGUAUUAUUAAUUCGUUCCUUGAUAGUUUGGUAAGUCUUGAUAGUGCAAGUGACCUUAGAUCUCAAGUUUCCAAGAGUUUCACCAGAUUCUUGUUAUCUAUUGAUGAUGAGGAAGGUUGCCAUCCAUUGAUUCAAAGAGUGUUAUCGUUAUUGAAACAUGAAGAUAAGAACAGGGUUAAGGUGGUUUACGAGCACUUGAAGGAAUUCUUCAAGAACUCCCACUUGGAUUACUCUACUUACACCGUGGAUAUUGUUGAAAGAUGUAUUUCUUCAUUAGAUGAUGAGGAUGAUGAAUUAGUCAAGUAUUCUUGUGAAUGUUUGACUGCGUUGGUGAAGCAUCAAUCUAAGGAAAUGUUGGAAACCUUAGUUUCUCCUGCUGAACAAUCUUUGAGAUUGGUUGGAUCUCCACGUAGUGAUUUGAAGGCUUUCAAGAUUGUUCCAAAGGGUCCAAACUGUAUAUUGCCUAUUUUCAUUCAAGGUUUGAUGUAUGGUAACGCAAGCCAAAGAGAAACUUCUGCCGUCGGUAUUGCUGAUAUAGUGUCUAAGACUCCUGCCAUGAACUUGAAACCUUUCUUCACUCAAAUUACUGGUCCAUUGAUCCGUGUCAUUGGUGAAAGGGUUUCUAGUGACGUCAAGGCUGCUAUCUUGUCAGCUUUGAACAUCUUGUUGGAAAAGAUUCCACAAUUCUUGAGACCAUUUACUCCUCAAUUGCAAAGAACAUUCAUCAAGUCGUUGGGUGAUCAAACUAGUGAGAUUUUAAGAUUAAGAGCCGCCAAAGCUUUGGGUACCUUGAUUUUGUACCAAGCAAAGAUUGAUCCAUUGGUCAAUGAAUUGAUUAACGGAGUAAAGAGUAAUGAGGAUUCCGGUGUCAGAACCGCCAUGUUAAAGGCUUUGAUUGAAGUGGUCAACAAGGUUGGCUUCAAGUUAAACGAAACCUCAAAGAGCGGUAUUUUGGAAUUGAUUGAACAAGAAAUCACCGAAGUUGAUGAAAAACAAACCAUUGCUUACGCUAAAUUAAUUGGUUCUAUUUCCAGAACUUUGACUAAGGACGAAGGUAGCAAGAUUAUCAAGGAAAAGAUCUUGAAUAACGAGAAUAUUAAGUUCAGCAUUUUGACAUUGAACGCUUUCUUGAAAGAUUCUCCAAAGACCGUCUUUGUCAGUGGUUUAGUUCCAAAUAUCGUGAAGUUUACUAUUGGAGGUAUUACCUCUUCUGAACCAUACCUUAGUGACCAAUCGAUCAUUGCGGCUGGUAAGCUUUUGUUGUUGAUUGGUGAAACCAAUGCUCCAGAGAGAUUCUUAUUGUCAGAAGGUAAAAAUAAGGUCAAAGAAAACACUGAAAAGUUUGAAGUGGAAGAAGAUUUGAUCCAUAAUAUUGUUUCUGAAUUGAGCAAAUCGGUGGUGAAGCCUAACAGUAACUCCAGUGAUUCCAGAAGAUUAUCCCUCGUGGUUCUCAAGACGGUUGCCAGAAUGAAAUAUGAUGAGGUGAUCAAACCCAAUUUGGAUGAGAUCGUUCCAAAUGUGUUCAGUUGUGUUAGAGAUGUUAUUAUUCCUAUCAAAUUGGCGGCCGAAAAGACUUACUUAGAAGUCUUCAACUUGGUAGAGGAUGAAAACUUGGUUGGCUACAAUGAAUGGUCUAAGAAAAUGGCGGAACAAGCUGGUAAGACUGUUACUAAUUCAGCUGGGGCUACCAUUCAAAUGAGAUCUAUUGAUGAGUACACCAAGAGAAUUGGGUCCAGAUUGGCCAAGGUUGAAAGAGAAAGAAUUGAAGCUGGAGGAGAUGUGGAAGCAAUGUUUUCCGAUAGAUUUGAAGAUGAGAAGGAGAUUUGGUCAGUUGGGGGCGUGGAGUUGACUGAAAUCUAA